AUGAGUGCUCCGAAGGGAAGCGCCAGGUUGUAUAACCGUCAAUUUAUUGUGCAUCCCGAGAGUGACAAGGGCUAUGAGGAAAGCCAUUCGUUGUAUCCGUGGACUCCGAGCCAAUGGAGAUCCAUCACAAUUUGUGGUGAUCGCCUUUUGGAUAUACCCUGCAAGGUUUGUGGUGAUAGGAGUUCAGGGAAACAUUAUGGCAUCUACAGUUGUGAUGGUUGUUCGGGGUUCUUCAAAAGGAGUAUUCAUCGCAAUCGCAUCUAUACCUGUAAGGCUACAGGUGAUAUGAAAGGACGAUGUCCCGUGGAUAAAACACACCGUAAUCAGUGUCGUGCCUGUCGUCUAUCCAAAUGUUUUCAAUCGGCCAUGAACAAAGAUGCUGUCCAACACGAAAGAGGCCCCCGCAAACCUAAGCUUCAUCCACAAUUGCAUCAACAUCAUGCUGCCCACCAUCAUGGCCAUCAUCAUCAUCACCAUCUAAAUGGCUUGGCCCCACAUCCGGGAGCCUUUCAUCCUCAUGCUGGCCACUUGCCAGUUUCGCUGGUUACCAAUGUUUCCGCCUCCUUCAAUUAUACUUCACAUAUAUCCACACAUCAUGCAGCUGCCGCAGGCUUCCAUCAUGGAACUCCACAUCCUACGGCCUUUCAUCAUCCGGGACAUGGACCAAAUGCGGCUGCAGGACAUGUGCCACCGCCACACUUGCCUUUUCCCCCACAUCUUUUGCCACAUAUGCAUCACAAUCUCUUGGCGGAGGCGACCAGCAAGCUGCCGGGCUUAACGGCGGCGGCAGCCAGUGUCAAUCUGGGGGCAAACCAUAAUAAUGCCUCCACCGCCUCAUUUUAUAGUAAAAACGCUUUGGCCCAUCACUAUUCGUCACCCUCGCCCACGGCUUCCAUACAGUCCAUAUCAUCAGUGGGUGGUCGUUCCUCUUUGGGCAGUGAGUCGCCUCGCGUCAAUGUUGAAACAGAGACACCCUCGGCUACCCCACCACCUUUGUCACCUGGCUAUCAUUCACAAGGCCAACCGGAGGAACCCUUGUCACCCUCCGAGGCAACAGAUCAUACAAAUGCUUCCGAUUCGCCCAUAACACUGCAACACAGCAUACAACACCUACAACAUCUAGGUGGCAACAAUGGUCAUCUGUCGACUAGCAACAACAACAACAACAAUUCUUCCUUUAACAAUCGCAAUUUGGGCCUACAUCAAAUGCACUUAAGCACCCACAAUGGAGGCUCACCCUCUUCAUCGCCCUCCAAUACAUUGAAUAAUUCACCUCCACACCUGACUGCUUUCACCCAGAUAAGACCCUCUCCAGCCUCGAGCCGUACAACACCACCACCACCCACAACUUUGGGCUUACAUUCAAGUCUACAUGCGGGAAUGCCAUUGCCAACGGCUGCGGCAACCUCUUCCUCAACAGCCCCAACCUCAACGAAUGCCACAGCAACGACCAGCAUCUCAACACCCUCGCAACAGCAACAGCAAGCUGCUGCUGCCCUUUAUGCUGCACGCCAGAAUGGUUUCAUUGAACUCCUUCUAAGUCCUGACAAAUGUCAGGAAAUCAUUCAAUACCAAAUGCAUAACUCCAUACUGUUUCCACCAUUGCCACAGCAAUUGAUUGGCCUGGACUCACGCCUCAUGUCGUGGGAAAUGUUGCAGGAGACCACAGCCCGUCUGCUUUUUAUGGCUGUGCGAUGGGUGAAAUGCUUGAUGCCAUUUCAGACAUUGUCACGCAGUGAUCAGAUACUUUUGUUGCAGGAAUCCUGGAAGGAGUUAUUCCUUCUCAAUCUGGCCCAAUGGAUAAUACCUUUGGAUUUAACACCCAUUUUUGAAUCAUCCAUGAUCAAGGAGCGUCUGCCUCAAGAUGAGACUACGGAAGGUGAAAUUAAGACAAUACAAGAAAUCCUAUUGCGGUUUCGUCAAAUAGCUCCCGAUGGCAGUGAGGUGGGUUGUAUGAAGGCCAUUGCUCUCUUCUCUCCCGAAGUUCCCGGGUUGUGUGAUAUUCAACCUGUGGAAAUGCUACAGGAUCAGGCCCAAUGUAUACUCUCGGAUCAUGUGCGUAUACGUUAUCCACGUCAGGCCACACGUUUUGGCAGAUUGUUGUUGCUGUUGCCUUCAUUGCGUUCGAUAAGAACGGGUACCAUAGAGAGUUUAUUCUUUAAGGAGACAAUUGGUAAUGUACCCAUAGCUCGCCUCUUAAGGGAUAUGUACACCAUGGAACCUACAACGGCCACAGGAAGUUCAGCUGUAAAUUCAGCCCAUGCAGGAUUGACAAAUGCCGCUACGGCUUUGAUGCAACAACAGCAGGAGAAGUAA